AUACAUACAUACAAUUGGAAUAAUACAUACAUAUAUUUAUUAAAUAAAAACUUAAUUAAAGUUUACAAUAUUUUAUAAAGAGGAGGGAUAAAAAUGACUUCAAGUAUUGGGAAUCCAUUGAAAAAAGCAAUGCGGAAAGCUGUCAGUAAAAAAACAAGUCAAUUAUCAUUGGAGGCAAUUAAAAAGCAAUCAGAGGAAAUUCGUAAUAAGAUUAUUUCAUCUGAAUUAUUUAAAAAAUCAGAACGGAUAUGUGUGUAUUUGAGUACCCCAACUGAGGUUGAUACAAUUGGUAUUCUUGAAGAGAUGUUCAAAUUUGGCAAAAAGGUUUUUGUUCCAGCAUAUCAUGGAAAAUCAAUGGAAAUGUUACUUAUUAAGGACAUGAAUGACUAUGAAUCUCUUUCAAUAACAAAAUGGAAUAUAAAACAACCUAAUUAUAAGGAUAAUCGGGAAAAUGCCUUAGCAACAGGUUUAGAUUUAUUUUUAAUGCCUGGUGUAGGAUUUUCAAUAGAAGGUGGACGUCUCGGUCAUGGAAUGGGCUAUUAUGAUAAAUAUUUAAAGAGAUACUUUGAAAAAUAUCCUGAAAAUUUAUUAAUGAAAAAUCUUAAAGAUUUAAAUAGUAAAAAUCUUGAAUUAAAUAAUAAAACGAUAUUAAUUGGCCUAGCAUUUAAAGAACAAAUUUUAGAAGAAAAUGAAAUUCCAUUAGAAGAACAUGAUUUCCGUUUAAAUUAUAUUUGUACUGUGUAGACGAAAAGUAAAUAAAAAUUAAAGUAUAUAAAUAUAUUAAAGUACCUAGAAGGACUAAC